CCUCGAAACUAAAACCACCUCAAUAAAAUUAUAGCCACCUCGUCGAUUUAUUAUCAAAUACUACUAACAAUUUAGUAUUAUUUGCUCGAAGUCAACACUACAUAAGCUGUCUAAUUAUUCGGUCUUGUGAUUGUUAAUUAGAAGCUUUCCUUUUGUUUUGUUUUGUUUAUUUUGCAAGUGAGAAGAGAUCAGAAAAAAUGGCUUACAAUCUUCAAUCCCUCAUCACCAUCCUUGAAGGAAUUCUGGAUCCCAAACAAACACGCUGGAUUCUUGGACGUAAGAAACCACAACUCCAAUCCCUCCUCGAAAAAGCUUCUUCCCUGCAGCAGAUUCUCGAAAAAACUCCACUCACCAAAAUACCAAGUUUGGAGUGUCAAAUCAGAGAUGCAGCAAAUGAAGCAGAGGAUAUCAUUGAAUCUCACAUGGUUGAACGAAUGCUUUCGAUUUCUAAAAGAGUGAACUUCAAUCUGCUGACACCAGAUGUGCUGCUAGUGACACAAAAACUUGAUUCUGUAAUCGAACAAGUUGUGAAGCUCGAGGAGGUGGAGAGAAACAAGAAACCCACUGGCAGCUCACGGAGUGGUGCUUCUUUCUCGAGUUCAAAAAGCAUCGUGGAGGGGAAGACGAUGCCGAGUGGCAGUUCAUUGAGCGGUGCUUCUCAGUUGCAAGAUCCGAGUUCGAAGAGCGUCUUGGUGGGAGUUGAUGAAGAUCUGAUGCAGUUGAAGGAUCGGCUGACCGGGAUGCAGACCAAGCUGGAGAUCCUGCCUAUUGUUGGUAUGGGUGGUAUAGGUAAAACCACUCUUGCUCGAAAACUUUAUCAAGAUCCUUCCAUUCUUGAGCACUUUAGCUAUAUUGCUUGGGUCACAAUCUCACAAGAUUACGAGAUGCGAGCAAUCCUAUUGGGCCUUAUUCGUUGCAUAAUUGGAAAAGAAGAAUGUGACAAACAUAAGGAGAAGGGAGAUGGUGAGUUAAAAGAUAUCUUGUAUAGGAGCUUGUAUGGUAGAAGAUACAUGAUUGUAUUAGAUGAUAUUUGGAGCACCACAUUCUGGGAUGAGAUAAGGAGGUACUUCCCAGACAACAACAACAGGAGUCGGAUUGUGAUCACCACCAGGGAAUCCGAUGUGGCCAGAUCUGCAGACUCGAAGAGUCUGCAGCAUCAGGUGCAGCUGCUGAGCACGUCAGAAAGUUGGAAUCUACUCCACAAAAUUGUGUUUGGUGAAGAGGAGGAUUGCCAUCAUGCAUUACAAGCUAUAGGAGAAAAGAUUGCAAGUGAUUGUGGUGGGCUUCCCCUGGCCAUCCAUGUGGUCGGAGGGCUAUUGUCUAAGAUGGAAAGAUCUGAAAAUGUUUGGGAGAGAAUUGGGAGCGACGUGAGUGCUGCAAUUGCUGAAUCAGACGAGCAGUUCUCUAAUAUACUGUCUUUGAGUUAUAACCACUUGCCGAAUCAUUUGAAACCGUGUUUUCUGUAUAUGGGAGCAUUCCCUGAAGAUUACAAGAUUGAGGCCUCGAGACUCAUAUGGAUGUGGGUGGCUGAAGGGUUUGUGAAAUCAAAUGGAGAUAAAAGUUCGGAGGAAGAGGCAGAGGAUUAUCUAAAGUCUCUGGUGGAGAGGAAUGUAAUUAUGGUUAGAAAUUACAAGUAUGGAAAAGCAGAGAGUUACAUCAUGCAUGAUCUGUUGAGGGAUGUAUGCAUUAGGAAAUCUGAGGAGGAGAAGUUUCUACAUGUCAAGAAUGGCUCCAAGCUCACCUUCUCCAAUCCGCGCCGUGUGAGUGUUCACACGGCACAUGGAAUGGAAGAUGUUAACGCUUCAGCAGAGUCCAUGUCGCGUGCUCGAUCUUUCAUAGGCAUUGGUCGUACGUAUUGGAUCCCGUCUGGUGAUUUUUUCGCGUUGCGAUUGCUAAGGGUGUUGGAUGUAUUCGAUAUGAUGUUCGCAGAAGAUUUCCCAACACAAAUAUUUCAACUCUUCAACCUACGCUUCUUAGCUUUCUCCUGCGAUUCGAAAAUACCUAGUGGGAUAUCAAGGUUGUGGAAUUUGCAGACCUUGAUUGCUAGCUCCUACGAUUUUGAUGUGCCGUCUGAGAUAUGGGAGAUGCCUGAGUUAACACAUCUCAAGAUGAAUGGAUUCGAGAUUUUCGAUGAUUCGUACACGAAAAAGAUUGUUCAGAAGAAGCUGCAGACGAUUCCAUGCGUGGUUGUAACAGAUCGGGUGAUUAGGAGGGGUUUCUUCGAAAGCAUUCCGAAUAUCAAAAAGUUGGGAAUAUAUGAUAGCAUCGAAACAUCUCUUCAAUUUGAUCUCAGCCAUCUUCACAAACUGGAAACAUUGAGAUGCAAAUCUGGACGCCUUAGAUCCUAUAUCCGAGACCCUAAAUACCAUUUCGGCUUUCUGGGCAGAGUUAGAUUUCCUGGUAAUAUCAGAAAACUAUUUCUUGAUAGCUGUGUAAUACAGCUGGGAUUCUUGACGACUGUGUGUGCACUGCAUCAUCUUGAAGUGCUCAAGAUAAGCUUAUGCAAGUUUGAAAGUGACGAGUGGGAGGCAGCGGAGGGAGAUGAGUUCCGAUCACUGCGGUUUCUACGACUCUAUAAUUCAGAUCUGAUGCGUUGGAGAGCUGAUGAAACCAACUUCCCUAGACUUCGGCAUCUCACUCUACAACAUUGUAGGGAGCUAGAGGAGAUCCCCAGUGGCAUCGGAGAAAUCCCAACCCUCCAAUCAAUCGAGUUAGAAAGGUGCAGCGAUUCUGCAGUGGCCUCGGCGAAACAGAUUCAGGAAGAGCAGCAAUCUGAAUAUGGAAACUACGACCUCCAACUUCGAAUCUCAUAGGUCACUCUUAUUAUCACUUUCUCUUCAUGUUUAAACUCAUUUUAUUCUCCUUUCUUAAUUACUGUUGCUUGACUAUCUAUUUUGGUCUAGAUGAGUACUCUUUUUCCCCUUCGGUAUUUUUCCAAACUGGGUUUUUGUUAUAGGGGUUUUGAUGAGGCUCGACUUUUCAAUCUUUGGUUUGUAUUGUCCAAGGAUUUUGGUUGGUUUUUUCUCUUGUCGUUGUUUCACCAUAUAUGUUUUCUCAAUUGAGGCCAAGUUAUUUAAGUUGGAAUUUCGGUUGGAUUA